AUGGUUAAAAUCACUGCGAGAUCAAAGGAUACGAAAAAGAAUUCAAACUCAGAUUCACCGCAUUGA